UUGGUGACAUGUUGGACUUUUGGACGUUGGUUAUUGGUGCGAUUGUCUACACUCUACAAGUCUACAUAGAUACUAAUUAAAAAAGCUUUAUUAACAGUAAUUCUUUUAAUAAAAAAUAAUUAAGUUGUUAUUACAAACGCAAUGUUUCAAUAAAUUAAUUAUAUCAUUAACAUAUUAUAUGAUUAUAACAAUUAUAACAUUUACUUAAUGCUUUUAUAAUAUUCAAGCAGUCAUAAGUAAUAACUCAUUAGUAUUAUUGGUAAAAAUGGGUGAAAUUAUUGAAAUAUCUACAACACGAAACCAUCAAAGAAGAUUUUAUAAAUAUACUAGUAAGUGUGUUAUAUUUUCUAUUAAAGGAAAUUCUGGAUAUGCUAUGAUUGGGCUAGCUGAUCAAAUUGGAUUCUUUAAUAUUGAUCAUUGGGUUUAUAUAGAUAGAAAUGGUGAGAGUGGAGUCUGUGAAUUUAAUGAAAUAAUUGUUAAAACACCGACACCUGGCAUUUUGGAGGAGGAAAAAUAUCAUAAGUUUUGCCUUACUUGGUAUGGCAGUAAAGUUGAGUUGUACAAAUUUGGGGAAUGUGAACCUAUAUUUUCCAAAGAAAUUAAAAAAAAUAAUUUAAAGUUUGUCACAUUCUUUGGCCGAAACCAAAAGAAUACCUUACAGUGGAAGUUAUUGUUACCACCUAAUAUCGAGAGGCCUUUUUUAAAACCAAUUAUAGGAGGCAAACCAUAUUGGGUGCCAUAUGAUGGUGAAUUGCCAUACGGUGCAAUAAUAGGAGGGUUUGAGAAUGAAUUUCUAUAUAUAAUGAGAGCACCACAUGUAGGAUCAUUAACUCCUGGAAAGUUUGUACCAUCUAUGAAAUGUGGAUUUGUAGGAUGGGGAGGACAUUCACAUUUAAAAACUGAGUUUGAGAUUCUCUGUGCCCAUGAUUGUGUCUGGCUACCAACAAAAGAAUCAGUAAUACCAGCUGGAGCCAUUGCUGCAGGAUACACCGAAUAUGGCCCAGAACCAAUGUACAUUGGUCGUGUAAAACAGGAUGGCCAUAUAAUACCAGGAAAAGUAGCUCCAACACAUUGUGUUUGUUACUUUGCCUAUGGCGAACGGGAAGCAUAUGAAAGUUAUUAUGAUAUAUUAGUUGGUCCAUACUCAAGUUCUAGGUGUAGUAAUACUCUUGAACCACCAUUUAAAGAAAGUUAUGAGUUUUAUGAGGAACAAUACAGAUCUCAUGAUGAUGAUGAAUAUGAUUAUGACUAACACAGAAGACCUAGAUAAAAUAAAAAAAUAUUAUAA